CUAACCACCUGCAGAUUAAAAUGCGAUCGCUCAUACCCUUGCACCAACUGCAAGAAGCGUGGGGAGGCUGGCACGUGUACAUAUGUCGGCCGUGGUCCUCGAGGGAAAGCCCAGCAUGGGCGCUCGAGCCCUACCCUGGUGCAGGAUCGUCUUCAGCAUUUGGAGAAUCUGGUCAUGUCUUUGUCUCAGAAGAAGAGGCCUAGCGAGUCGGUGAUUGAUUUCAAUACGGGCUCGUCUGAUGCAACCGCAUAUGACACGCCGCCUUCAGUGGGCGAUCGCGAGACAAAGUCUUCUCCCACUGAUACGGGCACGCUGGUCGUAAAAGACGAAGGAAUCAGUUACAUUGACAGUGCUGACUGGCGUGCGGUUCUGGAAGAGAUCAACGGUGUGAAAGAGUAUAUUGCCGAACAUGAGAACUCAGACGAGGAAGACUUUGAAGAUGUACUUGGCGAGGGUCCAUCUCCAGCUUUGCUGUUGGGAAUGUCCAGGCCAGUCACCAAGGAGGAAGUACUCGUCGACAUUCCCCCACGACCAAUAGCUGAUCGUUUGGUGUCCCGCUUCCUCAAGACAACGGAGCCAGCAUUGGUUGCCAUUCACAUCCCGACAUUCCAAAGAGAGUACGACCAGUUUUGGAACAACCCAUAUAGCAUGUCAUUUACUUGGAUUGCUCUUCUUUACGAUAUUCUGGCCUUAUCGGUAUCCUGGUAUCGCCGAUGCGAGCAAGCUCUGCCAUCUGACAUGCUGGACCCGACGAUUGCUUGGGACAUCUUCCGCAAAAGAGCGGCGCAGUGUCUCGUGCAAGCAAAUUAUCUCACACCGGGCCGUUACAAGUGCGAGGCACUAUUUACGUACGCAAUAUGUGAGUUUUAUCGGAGCCAGGACGCCCAGGUCGGGGUUAAUUGGCUCCUCACCAUGACCAUUCGCCUAGCUAUGCGCAUGGGCUACCACCGUGAUGCGAGACAUUAUCCUAAUCUCUCUGCAUUGGAUGGUGAGAUGCGUCGUCGUCUCUGGUCUUUACUGUGUCAGCUUGAUAUUCUGAUAUCCUUCCAAGUUGGACUGCCGCGGACCAUUCAACCUUGGCAGUUUGACACGGAAUUACCCUCUAAUCUGCACGACACGGAGUUUGAUGAAAAUACAAUUCAAUUACCCCAGGGACGAAGUGAUGAAGGGGAGGUAACAGCCUGCACAUACUCCAGAGCCAAGUCACGCAUCAUGACUGUUUUUGGUCAAGCUGUAGACCUGGCCUAUUCACGAGAAACAGCGCUUUAUGACGAGAUCCUUGCGAUUGACCGUCGCCUAGAGGAAGCACACAACUUGCUACCCACCACAUUCCGCAUCCAGCCCAUCGCCCAAUGUAUCGCGUUACCGACCAGCCUGAUCAUGCGACGAUACUCGUUGGAACUGCUCUACCAGAAGUCGCGCGUGGUGCUGCACCGCCGUUACAUGGCUGAGCCAGGAAACAAAUAUGCCUAUUCGCGAUCUGUUUGCCUUACUGCUGCUACGGAGACACUACGGCAUCAUUCUGAUAUCUGGAACGAGUCCUUACCAGGUGGCCAGCUGUACGCGGAGCGCUUCUUUGUCAACUCAUUCCAAAACACCGACUUUGUACUUUCCGCUAUGAUUCUCUGCUUGGAGUUGUCUCAGGAUAAUGAACGAGGCAGUGCUUCUCGCUUGGGAGCGCAGGAGCGCACGGAUCUGAUCUCACUUCUGGAGACCACGCAUCGAAUUUUCAAGGAAGCACGACGUCGAUCUGUGGACACUCAGCGGGCGUUUGCCGCUUUGACUAUCAUGCUCAGCCAGGUACAUGGCACGAGUGUUGACAGUUUGGUAGCGGAGACCGAGGAGCAGAAGAUCCCAAUGGAAGACCAAGUGACAUUCCAACUGGCCUCGACCACGAUGGAUCAGGAGCCAUACCCAAUACAUACCACGGCAAGCGCCGAUGACAUGCAAGCUGCAAUGUACAAUACCGACUCGACACCCUCAUACUCACCCCUCGACGUGAUUGGAGAUAUGCUGAGCACGCCAGCUCAAAUUGAUUGGCGUCUGUACGACAGUCGUGUAUCUGGGUAUGCUGCAGCGAACAAUCAGGAUAAUUCUUGGUUCCUGGAAGCCCAAGGGUUGCCAUCAGAUAUGGAUUUCAUGGCAUAUCCUCAUGGUGACUUCUCGACGCAUAUAAAUAGCUAA